AUGAAAUCCUGUCACCAACUAAGUCAAGCGGCUUUAGACUACAGAUUCAACCCGCGGGUUCCGCUGAAAUUGUAUUUGAAAACCUGUGUCAGUUUGCUCGAGGAAGCGCAGCAAUCUUUCCAACUGGGCAACGUAGAACGCUCCUACAUCAUGUAUCUGAGGUACCUGGAUCUAUGCAUGAAGAAACUACCCGCGCACCCACAAUUAUUUGAGGAAGAAGCCAAUGUAGACCGCGGACUUGCUAAAAAGGAAUACAUGCAAUUGUUGAAGCUGGAGGUGCCUGCCAUACUAAAGAUCUCGGAGGAUCUCCGCAUUCAUUUGGACAGGACGUUCGCGCAACAUACCACAACGUUAGCGGCAAACGUGCCGAAGCCGCGGGCGCUGAAAAAAGACAAAGUCGAAAGGACAGAACUUCCGUCCAACUUCGAUGAGGCACGGUUUAAACAGUCCCUUUCAACGCUACAAAGGCACGACGAAUCCGCCGCACCCUUGAGGCAACGAGAAUCACAUAUAGUUUACCCUGAACUGCCACAACUGAAUCAGCCUUUUUACGCAUCUUUUUGA